AUGGCAUUUAAAGAGCAGAGUAUCCUGGAGCAGCAACAGCACGACGACCGCGAAAGGCAGAAGCAAGUUGCAGAAGAAGAACAUGGGGUAAUUCUCCAACAUCGAAUAUCUGAGCGCGAAAGAGAGAUGCGAGAGGCAAAACAGGACCAGAAGACACCGAAUGAAGUUCGUGAACGGAAAAGGCAACAGUUAGAAGAGCAUGAGGGUUUCAGACAGGUUCAAGUACUUCUCGACCAAGAAAGACGGCGACUGGCAAACGAGGAGGUAUCACAAGUUGCACUGACAAAAGUGGAAGAAAAAAGAAGAGCUGCGGAACAAGUAGAGGCUACGCGAUAUCAUCACCGGGUCAUGGCACGAGCAGAGCGCGAACAUGAGGAAUUGGAACGGAGCCAGCAAGAUAGACCAGCACUGGCAAUCUCAGCUCGACAAUUACCUACAUCCGAGACUAGAAACAUGCAUCUUCAGGCGGGAAUGCGAGUAGUUCGGGCAAACGUAGUGAGCCAGGACCAGCAGAAGCUGCAUGAGAGACACAAAGAUAUCGUCUCGGCAGCUAUCGAGGCAGCGGCAGCCCAAGCUACCUCUGCCCAGAAACGAUCUCACGCCGAGUUUGACGAAAGGCCAAAUGGUACACAAUUAUCUCCUCGAACUUUCAAGAAGCCAGAAAAUGUCUUCUCCAGAAUGAUGCGUGCACCGCAAAAGGUCACAGACUCUCCUCGCGACUUCAGCCAUUGGGAUGCGCAUCUCCAGCAGGCGCUCGAUGACCAGGUCUCGGCAGGAUAUGUUCGAAAUGAAGCGGAUUGGGCAACAACCAUCACGAAAACGAUUCAAACAUCUCUCGAGAGCAUGAUCUUUCCCUAUAUCCGCCACCGAGCUCACCCCCAAACAAAGAUCAAUGCAUUGCACGUUUUGAUAGAGACAGCUACCGCAACGGCCUAUGCUCCUCGAUCUACGGCUGCUGAUAUGAUUCGUAACAGUUCGCUUCCAAGAACACUGCUGAGUUGUAUGUUGGAGAUUGCGGAGAAGAUGUCAGGUUCGGAACGGAAGACUGUUCUAGAGGAGCAAGCAUUCCUUCAUAAGGUCAAAACCCUCAGAUACCAGCCAAUGAUUUCCUGGAAUGGAAAUACCUGGACUGCCCUGGACGAGUUGCUCAGGUUGAUGAAAGAUCCCGGGCCAGUUGGAUUCAGGAUGAUUUUUGAUCAAUUGUCCAGCCAAAUAGGAUCUGGUCGAGGGGUGACAUCUAUCGCUACUGGAGUCCGUAGAAUCAUCAAGAGCGAUAUAACCUCGUACGUGACUCCAAGCACCUGCUUCGAAUUGGAGGACAACGCAAUGAAUGUCCUGGCAGAUGCUGGGACAUUUGCGAUGAAGGUACUUGGCACGCAGUACCGGGCCCCGGCGGAUCUGUUUGGAGAGAUAGCAGUGGCCCUAUCGGAAUUGGGAAAGAUGCUGGACGGAGAUGAAAUUCGCCAAAUUCACUCUGAGAUGAUUCAAGAUCCCAAUUUUUCAGCAGCAAACUUCCUCGACCACUUCUUAGAGUGCAUAGACGAUGACAUUGUGACGUUCAAGACAGUGAACAAUCAUCAAUUCAAGCAUGAUUAUGGCUUCAGAUCGAGGUCUUGCGCCGCAUUUCAACUCUUUGUCGAUAAGAAGAGAUCACAGAUGAAGCGAACACACGGCAAUGAUGGUCUACUGGCCAAAAUAUUGCUUCUCAGAUGGAAUCACAUCUUAUUCGACCCAAGCUGGUCCAGAUCUCAACUUGCUUUAGAUGAUCUUCUGGAAUUGCUUGUAGAUAGCUCGGUCCCAUUGAGUUGCGAUCGGUACCACUGGAAGAUAGAUUCUGCGUUGCACAACGCAGGAAUCGAGGGUUCAAGUGUUUACGCUCGAGACAAAGUUGCCAAAGACGUUCGCACGGCAGUCGAUCGUAAUAUUUCUCAUGUUCUAGCUUUGGGACGGAAAGGCUGCAUGGAAACGAAAAUGAAUGCGUUCAAGGCAUUGGUCAAGAUUGGGAUGCGGAUGGUCGAAUGGAUAUGUCUGCUGGUCGGCCACGAUGGUAACUCGAUAUUUUCAAGGAUCAUCUGUCCGAAGACGCGGCGACGGACGCGAUGA